CACAUCUUUUAUCCUUUAUUCAGAUUGAUGAGCUGCAGUUUGUCAGAGAUCAGCUGUGAUUCUCUGGUCUCAGCUCUGAAGUCCAACCCCUCCCAUCUGGAACAUCUGGACCUGAGUGACAACGACCUGCAGGAUUCAGGAGUGAAACAUCUGAGUGGUUUUCUGGAGAGUCCAGACUGCAUCCUGAAGUAUCUGGGAUUGGAAGACUGCAGUUUGUCAGAGAUCAGCUGUGAUUCUCUGGUCUCAGCUCUGAAGUCCAACCCCUCCCAUCUGGAACAUCUGGACCUGAGCUCCAACAACCUGAAGGAUUCAGGAGUGAAACAUCUGAGUGGUUUUCUGGAGAGUCCAGACUGCAUCCUGAAGACUCUGAUAUUGAUGAGCUGCAGUUUGUCAGAGAUCAGCUGUGAUUCUCUGGUCUCAGCUCUGAAGUCCAACCCCUCCCAUCUGGAACAUCUGGACCUGAGAGGAAACAAGCUGAAGGAUUCAUCAGUGAAACAUCUGUUAGAUCUUGUGAAGAGUCCAGACUGCAUCCUGAAGACUCUGAUAUGGAAGUGAUGCUGAUCAGGACGGUGUUUGUGCUGAGAGGAUGAAGUGUGUCCUGAUGAUCCAGAUGUUGAAGCAGCAGCAGCUGGUGUGUAGAGACUCUGACUGGACCAUGUUACUGCACUGUAAAACAUCAGGAAUUCAUUCAGUCACAUCAACUCAUCUGUUCUAGUUUACUUUAGAGAAAUACAGCAGUUUUACUAAUUACUAAUUAUUUGAACUUAAAAUGUCUCAUUUUUCUUUUCAAACCACUUUAGAACUAAAAAACAUGAAUUUGUAGAACUUGAGGCAUUUUUUCUUCAAAUAUUGAGUUGAAUGAAUGAACAGCUCAGAGUUCACUCAACUCAUUAAAUUAAGUUCACAAGAAACAAAACAAACACAGAUUUCCCCGUUAAUGUUCACAUGAUACCAUGACUGUAAAAAAUGAUCAUUAUUUUACAACCAGUUCUGUUUGUUUUGUUCAAUUACAAACAAUAUCUAGUAAAAUCCCAGAAAAGUAUUAACUUCCAUGUUCAACUGUAAAUAAUGUCCACAUCAAUAGGGUUAGGUAUUUUAAUAAAUACUCAUUUGUUCUUUAACAACAUUUUUACUUUAUUUUAAUCAGCAACAAGUCACAUUAUUUUACAGAUAUUUGUCCUCAUUUUAAAGACUAUUUAUGUUUAUUAAAGAUUGAAAAUGAGAAUUAUUUUAACACUUAAUUCACAUUUUUGCUGUGUUUUGUUAAAUUACAGAUAAUCUGGAAUAAAAUCACAGAAAAAAUGUUCAUUUAUUCAGAAUGUUUGCUGUAAAAAACUGAUGAAUAAUGUGAACAUUAAAAUUCACUAUUUUAAUAAAUGUUCAUUUGUUCUUUUAUACCAUUUAACUCUCACACUCUUGUUUAUUGAAUUUAAAUCAGCAAAAAAUAUCAUUUUUCCAGAAUCUGAAGGACAAACUAUGUAUAUGUAUACGAUAUAUAUUAAUUCUAUUAAAGGCAGAAAUGAUUCCAAAGCA